UAGUCGCAGGGAGCUAUCUAGAAGAAGAAGAAACUGCUAAGAAAAAUAUAAAAUCUCCGCAGGAAAGCAAACAAUAACAACAUCAGCCAGGAAAAAGAAGUGAUUAAAAUUCUUUCAAAAUGUCUGCUCCACUGGAAAACCUGGAGACCCAACUGGAGAUGUUCAUCGAAAACGUUAGGCAGAUCCGUAUCAUCGUCAGCGAUUUUCAGCCACAGGGGCAGAACGUACUCAACCAGAAGAUCAACAGCUUGGUAACCGGCCUGCAGGAGAUUGAUAAGCUGCGUUCCCAGGUGCAGGAUGUCUAUGUUCCUUUCGAAGUGUUUUUCGACUACAUUGAUCAGGACAAGAAUCCGCAGCUGUACACCAAGGAUUGUGUGGAGAAGGCACUGGCCAAAAACGAGGAGGUCAAGGGCAAGAUCGAGAGCCUAAAGAAGUUCAAGUCAAAUCUGCUGCUGGAAUUGUUCAAAACCUUUCCCAACGAGAUGAACAGCUAUCGCGCUUAUCGCAAGGACUCCAUGUAAGCCAAGGAUAUGACACCUGAAAUCUAGUUUGUAAGCCACAUGUUGGAAUAAAUUUAUACAUAUUUACAAAAA